UUGUUUAAUUUUGACUUUGCCUUUACAUCUAAUGGAGAUCACAGGGCUGUGCGGCAUGUACAAACGCUUGUUUCCGUUGCUCGCCUACAAUAUAACAUUUUCAUACAACGACAAAAUGCACAAAACGAAAAGGGAUCUUUUUCGGAACUUGGGCACAUUUGCAAACACCGAUGGUACUCUUCGUUUGCUGGAGAUCGGUUGCGGCAGCGGGGCAAACUUCAGGUUUUACCCGUACGGCUGCACGGUGAUCUGCACCGACCCCAACCCGCACUUCGAGAAGUACCUGCGGAUGAGCAUGGAGGCGAACAAGCAUUUGACAUAUGAAACGUUUAUGGUCGUCUCUGGGGAGGACAUGGAGAAGGUGGAAGACGGGUCGGUGGACGUGGUGGUCUGCACCCUGGUCCUCUGCUCGGUCAGAAACGUGCACGAAGUGCUGCAGGAGGUGCGACGCAUCCUCAAACCUGGAGGAGCCUUCUACUUUCUGGAGCAUGUUGAGUCAGAUCCUUCCUCCUGGACAUUUUUCUUCCAGCAUGUGUUUGAGCCCCUGUGGUACUAUCUUGGAGAUGGAUGCAUGAUAACUAAAAAAACAUGGAGAGACAUAGAGGCAGCUGGUUUUUCUGAACUUCACUUAAAACACAUCGAGGCUCCAAAGGUUUCACGGAUGAUAAGACCACAUAUCAUGGGAUACUCCAUUAAAUGAUUGCAGGAAGGAAUGGAUUUAUGUGCAUCAUAUACACAAGCUUGAGGUUUAUGUUUUUUUAAUUUCAGCAUAUUCUUCAUUUACAUUUUUACAAAUUGAGUGUGCCGUUAUUACGAAGAUGUUUAAAUCGAACCAUUUUAAUUUCCACAGUACAAAAACACACUAGUCAAACUGCAUUUAUUGAGUGAAAAUAGAUUUAUUUACUCAGAAUCAGCAACAUUUCAUACACAGUUUGUUCUCCUUCCUUACCUCUCCCAAGAUGAACAUAAUAAAUAUUACCUGGACACUG